UGGUAUUAAAUGAAGAAGAGGAAGAAUUAGUUGUGGACUUUGGACGAGAACUUUACUCUCUUUUUUUCAUGGACCUUUAAAUGUCUUCUGACUGUCAAACUGUCGGUAAUCCCAUGAAGGUUUUUCUAACGCGGCGCAUCCCACAAGCAGGGAUGGACAUCCUGUCAAAGACCGACAUAUGUGAGGUUUCUUUGUGGGACUCAGAUGAGCCGAUACCAAAGUCAGAGCUGCUGAAAGGUGUCCAGGGGGCAGAUGGGCUUCUGUGUGUCCUGUCAGACAGGAUUGAUGCUGAGGUUCUGGAUGCUGCAGGCCCAAACUUGAAGGUCAUCAGCACGCUGUCAGUGGGAUUUGAUCACCUGGUAAUCGAUGAGAUCAGAAAACGGGGUAUUCGUGUUGGGUACACUCCCGAUGUGCUCACCGAUGCUACCGCAGAGCUGACUGUGGCUCUGCUACUGGCCACCGCUCGGCGAUUACCAGAAGGAGUGGAGGAGGUCAAGAAUGGUGGGUGGAGUUCUUGGAAGCCACUCUGGCUUUGUGGUUAUGGUCUUUCAAACAGCACCGUGGGAGUCAUUGGAUUGGGUCGCAUAGGCAUGGCUAUUGCUCGGAGACUGAAGCCCUUUGGAGUGAAGAAGCUCCUGUACUCUGGGAGAUCAGUAAAGGUGCACGCUGCUGAGGUGGAUGGAGAGUUUGUACCUUUGGACACACUCGCGUCUGAGAGCGACUUUGUGGUUGUUUCGUGCUCCCUCACUCCAGAAACUCAGGGGAUGUGCAACAAGGCCUUCUUCAGCAAGAUGAAAAAAACCGCCAUCUUUAUCAACUCCAGCAGGGGGGCUGUGGUGAAUCAGGAAGACCUGUUCCAGGCUUUGUCCAGUGGACAGAUAGCUGCAGCUGGACUGGAUGUCACAACUCCUGAGCCGCUUCCAACAGACCACCCUCUUCUCACUCUCAAAAACUGUGUGGUGUUGCCACACAUCGGCAGUGCCACCUACUCUACGAGAAGCACCAUGGCGGCUUUGUCAGCCCAAAACAUGCUCGCCGGUCUACAGGGCACAGACAUGCCCAGCGAGCUCAAAUUCUGAUGGUCUGAACCAAACAGCUGUCUGCUGCAUCCUCCCACUCCAAGCUGUGAUGUCACAGUGAGAUCGACUAAUUAAAGAUGUCUGUCUGUUACAUAUACGUCA